GGGUUUCAGGAACAGGGGGUGGAGUUGUAAUAAGUGUGUUGUGAUCAGUGUGUACUUCAAACCUUUCAGCUGACAUCUUCAUUCAUCUUAACGCUCUUCUCCCGUCGGUGUUCUCGUCAUGUUGUUCAGAGGAAGCUGUGGACGGCGGACAGGGGAUGUUGAAGAAUGACGUCUGGGAUCGCUAGUUUUGGAUUCUGUUGGCCUUAAGUCUUUUGACGUUUGUGGAUUCUGCUCGUUUGGAGGUUCUGAAAAUCACAGUCGCGAUGUUCAGAGGAAGCAGAGACCAGUGUGACCUGGUCAUGAACCUGAGCGCCGCGGACCGCUGCGCCUUCGUGAAGAGCACAGAGGACUGCGGGCUGGUGGACGGCUUCCUCAGCUACCUCCGCCUGGUCUUCUGCCUGCUGCCCCCCAACCUCAGCCCGCUCACCGUCACCCUCUGUAUGAUCUGGCUGCUGUGCCUCUUCGUGGUGCUCGGUCUGACCGCGUCCAAGUUUUUCUGCCCCAACCUGUCGGCCAUCUCCACCACGCUGCGGCUGACCCACAACGUGGCCGGCGUGACCUUCCUGGCGCUGGGGAACGGCGCCCCCGACGUGUUCAGCGCCAUGGCCGCGUUCUCCCACCCCCACACGGCCGGCCUGGCGGUGGGCGCUCUGUUCGGGGCGGGUAUCUUCGUGACCACGGUGGUGGCCGGCGGCGUGGCGUUGGUCAAGCCCUUCACCGUGGCGUCCCGCCCCUUCCUGCGUGAUGUCAUCUUCUACAUGGCGGCCGUGUUCUGGACCUACCUCAUCCUCUACAGAGGCACCAUAGAGCUGGGGGAGACACUGGGAUAUCUGAGCCUGUACGCGAUCUACGUCCUCACCGUCAUCAUCAGUGCCUACAUCUACAACCGACAGAAACACUCCUCCCAGACCUCCAUCCAGAAUGGAUCUUCCACUCUACCAGACACGAUGUCGUCUGACUCGGACGCUGAGGUCCUCUCUUCAUCCACUGUGAGCGGCGAUCCAGAGUUUGAGGAGGAGUAUCGUCCUCUCCUCCCCUACUCCGAGUCCACCAGCCACAUCCUGCUGAGCUCCCUGAACCCCGUGGACCUGAGGAAGUGGAGGAGAAGCUCCUGGAGAUGGAGGCUCCUCAAGGCGCUCAGGGCGCCGCUAGAGGUGCUGCUGCUGCUCUGCAUCCCGGUGGUGGACCCCGAUAAGGAGGACAGGAACUGGAGGCGGCCGCUGAACUGCCUGCACCUGGUCACGGCGCCGCUGGUGUGUGUGCUCACCUUCCAGUCGGGGGCAUACGGGACCUACCUGAUCCAGGGCCAGCUCCCCGUGUGGCUGCUGGCCCUCCUCCCGGGAGUCCUGCUGGCCGCCAUCAUGUUCUGUACCACCGCCAACGACCGGCCCCCGCCCUACCACUCGCUGCUGGCUCUGCUGGGCUUCGUGGUCAGUGCGGUGCUGAUCAGCGCCGUGGCCUCGGAGGUGGUCAGCCUGCUGCACAUGCUGGGCGUGGUCCUGAGCCUCAGCAACACCGUGCUGGGGCUCACCGUGCUGGCCUGGGGCAACAGCAUCGGAGACUGCUUCGCUGACAUCACCAUCGCCCGCCAGGGCUACCCCAGGAUGGCCAUCUCGGCCUGUUUCGGCGGAAUCAUCUUUAACAUGCUGUUCGGGGUCGGACUGGGCUGCCUGGUGAGGAUAUUCCAGACCCACAAUGCAGUGCAGCUGGAGCCGGCGGGCCUGCUGACCUGGGUCCUGGCCGGGUCCCUGGGUCUGUCCCUGGUCCUGUCCUUCGUCAUCGUCCCGCUGUGCCGCUUCCACCUGAGCCGGGCCUACGGGAUGUUCCUGCUGCUGUUCUACGCCGCGUUCCUCGCCGUGGCGCUGCUCACCGAGUUCGGGACGAUCCACCUGACCUGAGAGCCCGCCUCCUGGGAAGACGACUCACAGCAGAGGCGGAACUCACAGGAGCGUCUUCACCGAGCAGGGCUUCAGACGUCAGCGCGGAUACCGUUCGUUAGGAGAAUCCCCCGCUCUAAACCCGGGUCUGAACCGGCAUCGUCUUCACCUUCAUCAGGACUCUGGGGUCUCAACGAUGACACUUAGGGCAUUUCAGGGUUUGAUGUUCAAACCCACGUCGCCUCAAUGUACUGAGACCAAAGAAAAGCACCUUCUGGGACAAACGUCUCAGGGAAAUUAUAUUUUUUAAAUCGAUUUUAUUUGGAAUGUAUUGUAAAUUAAUGUGUACAAAGUGUUAUCCUUAUUGACCAUCAGGGAUAGUUUUAUACCUCAACGUUUUAAAACAUUAUUUUGGUUACGUGAGCAGAUUUGGUAUUUGUGGAAGCAUUAAAUAUUUUACUUGUAA